AAAUUGUUUUGGCCUAGCCUGGCCUACUUGGAAUGAUAAUAUUUUCGUGUUGGCUGUUUAAACUUUGAAUUUUCUUUCAAUGGGCAUCUGGCAGAUUGAUUGGAGAGCUGGAUUUGAAGUAUGGCGAGGACUACCAACUCAGGUCACGAUGAUCUAAUUACAAAAGAAGCUCCUCAGUUAACUGCAGUCCUGAAAGAAAUGAAGGAAGGGUUAGAUUCUGUAAGGAGUAAAGUUGAAGCUUUAACCACUAAGGUGAAAUCAAAUCAGUUUCCAACAGCAGAUGGGAUUAGCUAUCUUGAAGCCAAAAAUUUGCUUCUCCUAAACUAUUGCCAGUCAUUGGUCUAUUAUCUGCUUCGCAAAGCAAAAGGAUUCUCGAUUGAGGGCCAUCCUGUUGUUCGGAGCCUAGUAGAGACAAGGUUGUUUUUGGAAAAGAUUCGACCAAUUGACAAAAAGCUCCAGUACCAAGUCCAGAAGCUAACAAGGGUUGCCGCAGGUACAGCAGAAGCUGUAGGUCCGAGGGAAGAGUCGGAUGCUCCUCAGAAGGCAGAGGAUCUUUUGAAAUAUCGUCCGAACCCUGACAUGCUUGUUCCCAAAUCAGAUAUGACUUCCGAGGAAGCUGGCGGUGUGUAUCGACCCCCCAAGUUUGCCCCAACUUCUAUGGAAGAAGGUAAGAUCUCAAGGCAUGAAAGGAACGCCUCGAGAAUGGAGAAACAGAUCCUACGGCAAUCUAGGCAGAGUGAUUUCGUGCGUGGGCUGAUGAAUGACUUGGAGGGGAGACCUGAAGAGGUCAGAGAAAUUGUUGGACAUGAAAGUAGAGAGCUUGCUAGUCAUAUGGCAAAAAUGGAGAGGCGUGCGCAGGAAGAAGAAGAGCUUUUCACUCGUGCUCCUAUGACAAAGAUGGAGAAAAAGAAGGAGAAGCAUCUAAAGAAAUCAAGAAAUGGGUUGCUUGGACUGACAGACGGUUUCUAUGAUGAAAUCAAAACCUUACCACUAGAGGAUGAUGGCAGUGAGCAAGUGACAAGCUUUGAUAAUGGUAGCAAUAGAAUGCAAAAAUUUAAGAAGCACAAGAGGCGGCACUGAGCAACAACAAAAUUGGAUCUUUGGAUCUGCCGAGCAGCUGGGAUUUAAAGCCGCAUAGCAGUUCUGUACCGUUUAGGUGGUAAUUUAAUAUUUAAAUGGAUGCGGGUGGGGCAAUUUUGUUUACCAUGUGAUGUAAUAUUCCUGUCAAGGCAACUACCAAAGAAUAUUGUAGAGAAAAGAAACCUCCCUAAUUUUCCAGA